AUGGGGGCGGGGACGGGGGCACCAAUUGGGGGAGGUGGGAUGGGGGUAGGGACAGGGACGUGGGCACCAGCUGGGGGAAAUGGGAUGCCCCCGUCCCCAUGUUGUUUUACGGGGUAUAGCACCCUAAAGGUGAUGAGUAUGGAUAUUCUAGAUUGUACGCAUUUUACAAGUUUUUAUGACGUGGAUAAAUUAAAGGGAGCGUCGCCUAUGGAUUGGUCGUAUGGGUUGAAGUUUAGCUAUAGUGUGCCGGAUAUGGGGUGUGAGAGGUGUACAAAAUCAGGAGGGAAUUGUGGGUUUGAUGUUGAAACUGAAGCCUUGCUCUGCCUUUGCCCUGAUUCUAACAACUCUACUAGACAAUGUGGUAACGAUAUGGGUGCUGCUGGUAGUAGUUGGGUGCCAUCAAUCAUACUUCAGGCGAUUAUUAUGUGUUUGGGAGUCCUGCUCCUCUGCUGAUGCCCUGUAUCAAAUAUUCAACUCAUUAUGCAGCUAUGCUGCUCACGGUGGUCUAGUCGGAUUUAAGUCUUGUUAAAUUAGUGUGCCCACACGAUCACUUUGGUUUAGGUUGGUUCUAACUAGGGUCGGGUCAGUUUUUGACAUUUCUUUGUAAAUGUAAGGCAUUAAAAAGUUCAAAUGUAAACAAUUUUGUUCUUAGGCUCUUAGCUAGUACUGUAAAAUAUAACUGCUAUCUACUUUUUUGAACGUAUGUUAGUUAACUUCAGUAUGUUUCAAGAUAAUCAUUGCUUCUUU